GAAGCAAAAAGAACCUGGGAAGCUAUGGGCAGGGCACGCCAGCCUCCAUCUGGGCAACACAGGCACUGUGAGAGAUGUUUCAACCGUCACUGCCACAUUCCUGUGGAGCCCAACGUCUCCUGCCUAGUAAUAACCUGCAAUCUGCUCUGUGGUGCCACCUUCCACAUGUGCAAAGAGGCAGAACAUGAGCUCCUUUGUCCUCUACAGCAGGUUCCAUGCCUCAACUCUGAAUAUGGCUGCCCACUCUCCAUGGCCCGACACAAGCUGGCCAAACACCUGCAGGUGUGUCCUGCCAGUGUGGUCUGCUGCUCCAUGGAGUGGAACCGCUGGCCCAAUGUGGACUCUGAAACAACUCUUCACGAGAACAUCAUGAAAGAGACCCCCAGUGAGGAGUGUUUGGACACAGCCCUGGCCCUUCAGGACCAGAAGGUCCUUUUUGGAUCCUUGAAAAUGGUGGAACUUUUCCCGGAAACUAGAGAGGCUGCUGAAGAAGAAGCAACUGUGAAUGGUGAUGUCACUUGGGAAGAAAUGGAAGGAGCAGUGGGUGGAGUGGCUGCCAGUUUGGUACCACACGACUCUCUGUCAGCAGGUAAUGGAGAGAUGACAGAGUUGAGUCGAGAAGAACGGGAGGUAUUAGCCAAAACAAAAGAAGGAAUGGACCUGGCCAAGUAUGGCAAGUGGGAAAAUAUGUUCAGCAAAGAGCAUGCAGCCUCUGCUUUAACAAAUCCAUCUGCCAGCUGUGAAAGCAAAAGCAGGAAUGUUUCAGCGAAAGAAGAGAUUUCCAGUGACAAUAACCCAGUAGAAGGAGAGUGCACAGCCAAAGAGAAAGAACCACAGGAAAAUGAGAAUCAGCAGGACUUUCAUGCAUCUAUGGAAACAACUGGACUUGCCCCUUGGCAGGAUGGUGUUCUGGAAAGAUUAAAAACAGCUGUGGAUGCAAAGGAUUAUAAUAUGUAUCUGGUACACAAUGGGCGGAUGCUUAUUCACUUUGGUCAGAUGCCUGCUUGUACACCUAAGGAGAAAGACUUUGUUUACGGCAACCUUGAGGCUCAGGAAGUUAAGACUGUUUACACCUUCAGAGUUCCUGUGAGCUACUGUGGAAAGCGGGCUCGAAUUGGAGAUGCCAUGUUGACUUGUAGACCAAGUGAACACAAGGCAGUAGACACUUCAGAUCUGGGAAUCACUGUAGAGGAACUGCCCAAAUCAGAUCUCAUCAAGACCACCCUUCAGUGUGCUUUGGAACGAGAGCUCAAAGGUCAUGUCAUCUCUGAAUCCAGAAGCAUUGAUGGACUGUUCAUGGAUUUUGCCACACAGACCUACAACUUUGAGCCAGAACAAUUUUCCUCUGGGACCGUGCUUGCUGAUCUAACUGCUGCCAGUCCAGGGGGGCUUCAUGUGGAGCUCCAAAGUGAGUGCGUGACCAGGCGACACAACAAGAGCAGCUCUGCCUUCACUUUCACUUGCAACAAGUUCUUCAGGAGAGAUGAGUUCCCCCUACACUUCAAGAAUGUCCACACCGACAUUCAGUCUUGUCUCGAUGGCUGGUUCCAGCAUCGAUGCCCCCUAGCCUACUUGGGAUGUACAUUUAUUCAAAACCAUUUCCGUCCCCCAGGGCAAAAGGCAAAAGUGAUCUAUAGUCAGGAGCUCAAAACCUUUGCCAUCAAGCCAGAAGUUGCUCCAGAGCUGAGUGAGGAAACCAAGACCAGCUACCCCUCGAGCCAUGACAGCAAAAGCCAGAAUUGUCUAACCAGCUUGCCCCUGGAGGUUUUGCAGUACAUUGCUGGCUUCUUGGACAGCAUCAGCCUAUCCCAGCUCUCCCAGGUGUCUGUGCUGAUGAGGAAUAUCUGUGCCACUCUGUUACAAGAAAGAGGGAUGGUUCUCCUGCAAUGGAAGAAGAGAUAUUCCCAUGGAGGCACCUCCUGGAAAGUCCACCGAGAGAUCUGGCAGUUCAGCAGCCUGUUCUCCAAAAUCAAGAGCUGGGAGUUUAAUGAAGUCACCUCCAUGUCUGAGCAUCUUAAGACCUGUCCUUUCAAUGUGAUAGAACACAAAACUGACCCUGUUCUUUUGACCAGCAUGUGUGAGCCUCGGGAGCAGGCCCAAGAGAGCUUAGUCUCCACCUUUAGAUCCAGACCACGUGGAAGAAAACCCUUCUAG